GCGCUGGCGGCGGGGGGGUGCAGGCGCUGCUCUGCCCCGCGGCGGGGUUCCCCCUACGCAGAGGCGGAGCGCGGCGCGGCCCGGCCCCGCUUGUGCCGUAGUAAAGCGGCGGGGAAGGGCAACAAGGCGGAUCUUGCGAGUCCUUAAAGGAGAGCGGCCAUCCUCCUCCCCCGACAGGGAAGUCGGAAGAGCGCAGCAGAAGCAAGAGCCCUGGCCCUGCCUGGCUCCUCUCCCAGUUUAUAUGCACCUGGCUGGAUUACUGCUCACGCUGGAGGAGAAGGGGCAGCAGCUUGACCGCAGCUCACCUUCCCCGGACAUGUGCUCGGUAAGCGAGGGCAGCAGCACGGAGCCCUUGGUAACCCGCUUCAAGCAGGUGGAGGAGACGCUGGAGAAGCUGCACCGGGAAAACAGGAGCUUGAAGAAUAAAGUGCCUCGGUACAACGCGCUCUGCACCUUGUACCACGAGUCCGCCCAGCAACUGAAGCACCUCCAGCUGCAGCUGGCAGCCAAGGAGGCGACCAUCCGGGAGCUGCGGAGCAGCCUGGCCCGGCAGCAGCAGCAGCAGCAGGCGGCGGCGGGCGGCGAGGCGGGGGCGGCGGGCGCGGAGCCGGCCCGCUCGCUGGUGGAGAGCCUGCUGGAGCAGCUGGGCCAGGCCCGGGAGCAGCUCCGGGACAGCGAGCGGCUCUCGGCGCGAAGAGUGGAAGCUCUGAGCCAGGAAGUACAGAAGUUGAAUCAGCAGCUAGAAGAGAAAAAUGGAGAGAUACAGCAGAUGAUAAAUCAGCCUCCAUAUGAAAAGGAGAGAGAAAUCUUACGACUGCAGAAGAGCUUGGCAGAAAGAGAGAAGGCUCAGGCCACCAGUGCUGUUCUGUGCCGUUCACUCACUGAUGAAACUCACCAGCUUCAACGCAAAUUAGCAUCCACAGCAGAAAUGUGUCAACACCUGGCAAAAUGUCUAGAAGAGAAGCAAAGAAAAGAGAAGGGGAAUUCAGAUGACCAGAUAGCUACUGAAAGACCUAAUCAGCUUUUAGACAACGUGCCUUCACUUCAAGCUCUUAUCUGCAACCUACAAGAUGAAAACAGGAUGUUAAAACAAAAAGUAGCUCACGUAGAAGACUUAAAUGCAAAGUGGCAGAAAUACGAUGCGAGUAGGGAUGAGUAUGUGAAGCGACUCCACUUGCAGCUGAAAGAGAUGAAGUCACAACUGGAGCAGCAGCACGGCCUGACUUCAGCACAAACGAAUUCUGACCUGAUGCACAAGGAGAUAUUCCGGUUAAACAAGCUGCUGGAAGAAAAAAUGAACGAAUGCAUAAACACAAAGAGAGAACUGGAAGAUGUGAAGAAGGCUAGUGAAGGAGACAACGAGCGCAUACAGAUGCUGGAGCAACAGGUCCUAGUAUAUAAAGAUGAUUUCACAUCUGAGAGAUCAGACAGAGAAAGAGCACAGAGUAAAAUACAAGAGCUUCAGGCAGAAGUUGCAUGUCUACAACACCAGCUAGCAAGAAGACAGGACUCGAGAGACACAAGUAGUCACUUCAGAGUACACAUCGGUAACCAAAAUCACAUGUACGUACAGACAAACGUGGAACAUCUCCGAGGCAGCAGUCCAGGGCAGCCAGGCACGAGGAGAACAUCCCCACAGGCCGAGCAGCCUCCUCCUCCUGGGGACAGUGGGAACCCGGGAGCCGAGGGCCGGGCCCAGGGUGAACUCAGAUGCCCUCACUGUAUGAGGUUUUUCAGUGAUGAACUCAGUGAGGAAUUCCUCAAGCACGUUGCUGAGUGUUGUCAGUGACCAUGUGAUGUGUGAGGCGUGUAAGUCAAUCACUACUCUACAGACCAUAAACCUUUGCUCUGUGGGUAUCUCCUGCAGUCCUAACCCAGGGCUGAAUCACUCUGAACGGACAGCUCUUAGGAUCAGGAUCAUUCCUAUUAGGAGGAUGAACAGUAUCUACCUCUUACUCAAUUUCACCUUCUCUUGGACUUCAUGAAACACUUCAAGAUAAAGUGUUUUUACAACGAUUUCUUUUUGACAACUCCCAGGAAGGCAGCUGCAGUGCAAAUUCUGGUGGUGGUUGCCUUCAGAGUGCAGCUUGACUCGGAUUCAAACCUGAUGCUUUACAGCACCCUGAAAGGCUUGUGAAAAAAACAAACAAAUGACUGAACUUGAAAUUUUCCUCCUGUUCCAAAAAUGUAGGCUGAAGAUCAGGGGAGGAGCGUUUCGGCUGAGGAUAGAAAAAAAAUCUCAUUGUGCUUUAAUCUGGAUUAAAAGUGAAAGUAUUUUCUUGUCUGUUGAGGGUGAACUUUCAGACAGCUCAUCUGAAAAUCCUUGUGUGCUACCGAGAUCAGGAGCAGUGAAGAAAACAAGAGAGGUGGUUAUUGACUCAACCCAGCCCGUCUUUUUGCACAGAAACAAUGUACAGGGAUAUUUAUUUUUUUCUGUGCCAUAAGUAUUUGACACGUUUGUAAAUGUGUAUUUGUGUCAUUAUUGGUUGUGUUCCUGUUUAAUUAAGGAUUAUUUUUAUAAUAAAAGUGAUUGUGCAGUUGCUUUACUACGUUAGUAA